AUUAGGGUUGUGUUCCACGAGUUUUGGUGGGUGUUGGGUCUUGGCAGGUGUGUGGGUGCAGGUGUGUUGCGUGCUAGUGGUGUGCCUGUCAGCCUCCACACCUGCCUGGGUCAUUGCUGGGAAGCAGGCAGUGUUGGGGGGAGGCGUUCUGUGGUGCUGUGCUGGUGUAAUUCAUCGGAUAAAGAAAUGAAUGGGAAGUAUUAUAACUUCUCCCCUUCAGGGGAGAAGUUGAGUCAAGUUGGACCAGAUGGGAUGGUGAGGGUGUGGGAUACUGCCACAGGUGUCCUGGACCAUGAGUACCAGCCAGCCAGCCACCUCAUGGCCAAGCCGUCAUGUAUCCGGUAUUCCCCACAGAUCAAUGAAAAGAAGACAAAGAAGGCGAGGGGAGAUGAGGGGAGCAGCGUCCUGGCAGUGGCCACCCUCCAGGGCACAGUGUUGGUGUACAGCCCAGAGAAAAGGGAGCUGCUGGCCACCCUGGACCAUUCACAGCCACAGGCCGUGGUGGACCUGGCGUGGCUCAACCCCUCGGUGCUGUUCACCCUGUCAGCAGACAACACCUUGGUGAAGUGGAACGUGUUCACGGGGCAAAAGAAAGAGUGUGUGGAAGUGAAGGGCGGAACUUCUCUCUGUGUGCUGAAUGUGAAGAACUUAUGUAUUGCCAAGAGCAGGAUUGAGCACCUCUUUCUAAAGAAGGCGGGAGGAGUGAAAGUUAAGAAGAAUUUCACCGGCCACACAUCCCAGGUAGCACAGCUCCUCCCACUGUCCACGGAGAGCAGCCCCGCCCGCUACUUCCUCUCCUGCUCCACCGAUGACAGAUAUGUUUACGCCUGGGAUACGAGUAGUGAGGGUGAGGAGCCAGUGGCGAGCUUCUUGGUGGGGGGCCAGGUGGCGGGGCUGGAGGCGGUGGAGGUACAGAACAACACCAUAUCCGUGGCAGUGACCACCCUUAAAGGCUUCCUGGUCCUGUUCACCCAGCACCUCAAUGGGCACACAAACAACACAGUGGUGAAGAGGACGGGUAGGUUACAAAUCCUGCAGGAGGGGAAGCAGGAGAAGGUGACCGUACCUAUCAUCGCCGCUCAUUUCUGUGGGGACCUCGAUCACACCCUCAUCGUCGCCUAUGGGAACGCAUCCAUGCUCAAGUUUGAACGGAUAAGUGUGAAGGAGAUCACCGGGGAAAAGAAGCUCCUCCGAGCAGCCCCAGCGCCUUCAGUGUCCAAGAAGUCCGCCCUGGCAAAGACUGUCACCCCUAAAGUCACUCGGGACACCACAGUGGUCGGGCCGGGACACCUGACGAUCGCCCAAGCAGAUGCACCAGUACGGGAGAACAAGAGGAAACAGGGGGACGAGGAUGGCACCCUGGCCCUCCCCAUGGACGAGCGGCUCAAUGCACUGGUGCUGAACAAACCCACCGCCGCCACACAGGUCCCCAAGACAGACAAUCAGAUACACUUGUUACUGCAGGGUCUACACAGCAAAGAUGGAAGGAUUCUGCAGAGUAUUCUCAGCUGUGGGGACGAGACCAUGGUAGCCAACACAGUGCGAAGACUGCCGACACCUGCUGUGGUGCCGCUCCUCAAGCACCUCCGGACUCUCUUUAUGGGCAAAGGACACAAGAACGCAGCAUUUGUCACCUGGGUACGGCUAGUCCUGUACCACCACAUGAGCCACCUUUCCACGCUACCCAACCGCCAGGAGCUGCUGCGGCCAUUCUACUCCAUUAGUGCCUCCCGCGUGGCCACCUUCAUGCAGCUGACAGAGCUUCACGCACGGCUGGACCUGUCCCUCACACACGUGGCCACCAAGCACAAGGACGCAAAGCAGGCACAGGUGGAGCCCAGUGCACUGCUCAUCUAUAGAGAAGAGGACUCAGACAUAGAUGAAGAUAUUGAGGUUCCUGGUGUUGGUGUGUCAGAAUCAGAGGACAACUGGGAGGAACUUUCAGACUUUGGGGAGUUGAAUGGCCACUCGGAUUCUGACUUUGAUGAGGCGUCACAGUUUCGCUCCUCCAAACGUGGCCUUGAAAAAGAUGAUGAAGAGGAGGAGGAGGAGGAGGAGGAGGAGGAAGAACAAGAAGUAGAAGAGAUUGAGGACAGUGAGGAAGAGGAUAGCAAUGAAGAAGACGAUGAAAGUCAAAGUGAUAUGACAGUGGACGCGAACGAAAGUGACAGUGGCAAUAGUGAUAGUGAUGAGUGAGGGAACGGCAAAGAGCACACUUAGCUGUUUU